AUGUCUGAUCAAUCUGCUGGAACGCCGCGAGUGUACCUCUGUCGCCAUGGGGAAACCGAAUGGACCAAGAAUGGCCAACAUACGGGGAAAACAGAUAUCGAACUCACCGAGAGAGGCAGGCGGCAAGUCCAGGCAUCGGGGAAUAUACUCGUCGGCUCCAAUAGAUUGAUCGAUCCCUCCAAGAUAGCACAUGUUUUCAUCAGCCCGCGCAAAAGAGCAUACCUCACAUACGAACUCACAAUCACGGAGGCAGAUAGGAAAGCCUUGAACGAGAGUGGUCGAGUUUCGAGAACAGACAGGCUGGCGGAGUGGGACUAUGGCGAUUAUGAAGGUAUGGUAUCGGCGGAUAUACAGAAAGGGAGAAAAGAGCGAGGCUUAGACCAGGAGAGGGACUGGGACAUUUGGAAGGAUGGAUGCGAAGGAGGAGAGUCGCCGAAGCAAGUAUCUGAGCGGGUUGAUAGCCUUAUCGAGGAAAUUCGGCGCAUUCAGGGCCCGCAUCUCAACGGAGAGAAAGCGUGCGAUAUAGUCUUAUUUGCCCAUGGGCAUCUGCUUCGCGCUUUUGUGAAAAGAUGGCUGAGAUUCCCGAUUGAGUUUCCUAUUGACAUGAUGUUGGAGCCCGGUGGUGUCGGUGUCCUCAGCUAUGCGCACCACAAUAUCGAAGAGCCGGCGAUUCUAAUUGGAAUAGGAUUCCCAGCCGCUUAA